GUCAGUACUCGCCAAGAGCGCUUCUAUACCAUUUUUAUAAAGUUAUAAUCACUUUUGGCAAACAAAUUAUUUAUUUAAUUUAAUAAAUAUAAAAAAGUGCUAUUUAUUGAGGGUACCAAUUCGAGACACAACAAAGCGUAAAUUAUCGCUCGUCGGCUAUCGGUCCCCAGAUAACGAUAUCGCUCCUUACAAUUCGGACCACCCGAAAUUUAUUGUACAUUCAAAUUAGCAAAAGAAUUUUUGUUUUAAAACACGGUUUUGAGUUUUGGUUAAAAAAAAAGUAUGGGAUGGUUUAAAAUUGAGUGAUAGUUUAUAAAUUAAGUGGAAGUUUAAAUAAAAGUGGUUAGGGUACAAUAUCAAAAUUAUUUGAAGCCAAUUUGCUGUUGAAUCAUGUUGCGGAUUCAGCCUCUUCUGAAGGCAUCACAUGAGGUAUCACAAAGGUUCGCGUCCGGUGCCUUAACUUGGGACCUCUUUCAGUACGCCUGAUCUUCAUCAGAGGCGCUCUUAUUCGUAUGCUGUCAGGGCCGUCCAGUUACGCUACUUUUUCUGAUGUGACUUUCUGCUCUCGCUGAGCCUGGAAUUUUUAAAUUAAAAAUGGGAAAGCUUUUGAGUCUUUUGGCUCGGGAUGAAUCUACAUGCUGCACUCCACAAAAGUAUGAAGUCUUUUUGGACUUUGAAAAUGCUCAACCAUCCGAAAACGAGAGGGAAACCUUUGAAGAAGUGCAGAGAGUUCUGAAAAAUUCUGAAUCAAUUUUGGAAGAAAUUCAGUGUUAUAAAGGCGCUGGGAAGGAAAUCAGAGAGGCCAUUUCUGCACCAACUGAAGAUUGUCAACGAAGGGCUUAUCUGACUGUAGCACCUCUAGUCGCCAAGCUCAAAAGAUUUUAUGAAUUUUCUCUCGAAUUAGAGGGCGUUGUUCCAAAAAUUCUGGGUCAGCUCUGUUCAGGAAAUAUGUCGCCAACUCAGCAUUUGGAAACACAACAAGCCCUCGUAAAGCAACUGGCUGAAAUUCUGGAAUUUGUUUUGAAAUUCGACGAACAUAAAAUGAAAACACCUGCCAUUCAAAAUGACUUCAGCUAUUAUCGCAGAACCCUGACGAGAGCUUCUUUGUCUCGUCAAGGCAGUACUGAAAAGGACCUCGUUGUCGGGAAUGAAUUAGCAAAUAGAAUGAGUUUAUUUUAUGCACACGCAACACCUAUGCUUCGAGUUCUCAGCCACGCUACCAUUACUUUUUUAAUGCUCAAUAAUGACAUACCAAGGGAAAAUAUAACCGAAACUCUGGGUACAAUGGCCAAAGUGUGUCUCAGAAUGUUAGAAAACACAAACAUCCUUGCUCAAUUUCAACGAGAAGAGACACAACUUUUUGUUCUGAGGGUGAUGGUCGGACUCGUUAUAUUGUAUGAUCAUGUACAUCCUCAAGGAGCUUUUGUUAAGGGAUCAAAUGUUGACGUAAAGGGCUGCGUAAAACUUCUAAAGGACCAACCACCUUGCAAAAGCGAAGGUCUGCUAAAUGCGCUCCGUUACACUACAAAGCAUUUGAAUGAAGUAAACACACCAAAAAAUAUAAAAAAUUUAUUAGCAGCAUGAUUGCCAAAGCAGCGGGGUUGUUGCUUGAAAAGCUGAACGAGUCCUCACAAAACAUAAUUUUAAAAAAUUGAGUAAAGAGAUUUAAAAAGUUGCCCAAGGGGCAAAAGGAAAAUCCAUGACAAAUGCGAGGAAAUGGACGGCACAUUUUCGAGGUUUUAAUAUUAGGUAAAAAAAGAAUAGUGUGCGGGACAGCUAUUACCAAUUCAAUAGCACGCAAUAUUGCAACAAUGUUGCUGCAAUAUUAAAACAAUGUUGAAAUAUUGGGAAAGGUUUAAAGAAUAUUGCAGCGUUGCGGAAAUGUUAAAUCAAUGUUUUGAUGUUGGUGCAAUGUUGACAAAUAUGCUGAAACAUUCAUUCAAUGUUGAAAAUUAUAUUGAAACGUUUAAAACAAUGUUGAUUCAUUGCUACAACGAUUAAAAAAUGUUACAACGUUGCUAAAGUGCUUAAAAAACUGUACAGUUGCAGAAAUGUUUAAAGAAUAUGGCAACAUGGUAUCAGUGUUGAAAUAGUUUAGUACGGUUGCUGAAAUGUUAGAAAAACGUUGCAAUUUUCAGGAUUUUUGCAACGAUAAAAAAAUGCUGCAAAGUUUCUGCAUUGUUAUAACGGUUGCAACGUUGCCGAAAUAUUAAAACAGUGUUGUACGUUUGCUUCAGUGCUAACAAUAAUUUUGCAACGUUGCUCCAAUGUUGAAAAGAAUGCUGCUAUGUUGCUUAAACGUUGACAACAAUGUUGCAGCUUUGUUGAACUUUUUAAAACAAUGUUAGAAAGCUGUUGCAAUGUUGAAAAAUGUUACUUCCGUGUUGAAAAAUUUUUGUUUCAAUGUUGAAAUUUUUUUCAAAAUUUUGAAAAUGUUGUUACAAUGUUGAAGAAAGUUUGUCACGGUACUAAAAAGUUGCUGCAAUGUUAAAGCAAUGCUACGGCGCAAUAUUGAAACAAUCUGGCAACGUUACUGCAACGUUAAAAAAAAAUUGAAACUUUGCUAACGUGAAAAUUUAAAACAUUGUUUAAUGUUGCUGAAAUGUUGCCAAUAUUGCAAAUAUUGUCAUGUAAAAUCGCGGCAACAUUGAUACAAUAAUGCCUGCUCUUGGAUUGACCAUUCAUCUAUUACUGCAAUAUUGCCUAUUUCUUAUUCAGUAUGUUCAAUUUUUAUUAUAAACUUUUGCACUGUUCAAUGACAAUCAAUAUACACAGAAAAUCAGAUUUUAUUCUACGUUAAAGUCAUAUCAAGUUGAAUUAAUUAAUUAAUUCAAGUUAAAGAAUUUUCCUCCAGCAUUUCAUUUAGCCAAAAGAUCUCGUUUAAUUGUAAAUUUGACAAAACUUGCAUCUUGUUUUCUCUUUUAUUGAUUAUUAUUUUAAUGUGGUCAAGUUAGUCAGUAAUAGGGGUUAGUGGGACAAAAAAAGUUCUGCUUUUGGUGAGAUUAAGAUAAGUCAAAAAUCAAGGAGGAAUUUAAAAAUAGAAUUGUACAUACGUACUGGAAAGUGUAAACAUAAGCCUAUAUAUACAUAUAUAUAUAUAUAUAUAAUUAUAAUUACUUAAAUUAAUGCUCUCUCGUGGAAACUGCCAGAAAACUAAAGUUGAUGAACAAUUGUAUUUUUACGACGAAGGAGCUGUUUGCAAAUUCGACGAGUCACUUUGGAUGUAAAAAAUGUUUCUUUCUAAAGCAGAAGAAAGCUUGUGAAGUAUUGACGAGUAUCAAAGAUAUUUUUAAUUGUACAUUGAAAAAUUACUGUAUUAUUAUUAUUAUUAUUAUUAUUAUUAUUAUUAUUAUUAUUAUUAAUUUUAAUUAAGGAGCAUUACAAUAAUAACAAAUAUAAGAAACGAAAUUUUUAAAUUUUUAAAUUUUCAGCCCAAUUGUUAAUAAGCAAUGUUACAAAAGGGCAUUCUUAUGAAACCCUUUUUUUUAACUUUUAGGCUGUUCCUUUUCUGCCACUUGAACCUUUUUGAUUUUAAAAAAGAAGCUGAGAAGAAAAAAAUGUAAAUAUCCAGAUUUGUACCAUUGUGCGACGAUUUUUAAAAAGUCUUAUCUUGCACGAUUGUAUUAUCAUACUUGUAAAUGGAGGCUGAUAGUAUGUAAUUUCAAGGAAAUCAAUUCCCUUGGUAAAUUAAUAAAAUGCUACAAGAGGCAAAUUUUUUAAAUUGAAUGAAAGUACAUUUUGGAAAAAUAAUUUUCCAUACUUAAUUGAAGAAUUUUCAUAUUUUCGGAAUUAUAACGAGUUUUAACGAGUUUUAACUUUCAAGCUCAUAUAGUAAUUAUCCAAUUCCUACUGUACCGACAUUACUUUUUGGAGCAUUUCACGUCAACAUGAAUAAAGGUAUCGAGUAAAAAAUUUGUAAAAUUAACUAAAACGUACUCAGGAACGUUUCUAUGAUCACAAAUAUUUAGAACUACAAACAAAAUCUAAUUUUUAAAAAUCUUCAGAGAUUUUUUUUGUAUUUUUUAAAGUGUAGUUGGUAAAGUAGGAAUCGGAUAAGUAUUGUAUGAUGUUAAAGAACUGAUUUCAAGACUGGCUAGAAAAACAAGUCAAAUUUUCCUACUGCCAAUAUUCAAAGACAUAAUAUUGAUAGAAAGUCUUCCUAAGGUCCUGCGGCAAUUAUUCAAUUCCUACUUUAUCGUCGUUUUUCUUAGAUCAUACCAAUUCCACACAAAAUCAGAUGUUGACCUGGAAAUUUAAAUACAUGAAGAAAGGGGGAUAAGGAACGUUUAGCUACUAAUUCAAUUUUACAAUUAGAAAAAAAAAAAUCGGAGUGUGUCUCAUGACCUUAAGACCCUGAAAUAUUUCUCUGUUUCCUACAUUACUGACAUUUAAUAGACUUUAUGCUUUCACGAUAAUUCAUUUUGAUAAAAAGAGAUAUUUCGGGUUUCACUCAUGUAAAAAGACUGCGAAUUGUUUGCCGACGUUUCGUGAACAU